AUGAGUAGCGUGUCCUUUCACGUACGGAGAAGCUUGCUCCUCGCCACUAUCGUCGCAUUGCAUGGCAGUGCGGCGUUUCAGUUUCGCUGUAAGGAGAAUGUAAAGAAUUACACCUGCACUGUUACAAACUACAGUCCCGCGUUGGAAGGAACGUUCCUGUUUAACCACGUGCCAAACAGGACGGACACGAUUGAAUUUAAAAAUCUUAUUCUGCCGAUCGUGAACGGUGCGCUGCUCAGCCACAUACCUCCCACCGUAAGCAAACUAUCGUUCAGUGAUUCGAGCAAGGUGCAUAUAGUGAUCGUACCAAGAAACAUAUCCAUCGAAAAGAUUACCCUAUCGCUCUCCUUACUCGGCCGGAUCCGGUUCGAAAGGAACUGCCCCCUUUCCAUACUGACAAUCUUUCAAAGUACCCUAACAAUGAUACCACCAACGCUAUCUAAUCUUCCAAAUCUAUCCUUCUUCAAGCUUUCCCUCUCGCCAAUCGAAACGAUUAAUUUAGAACAGUUUUGUAACUUCACGCAGCUGAAAACAGUUACGCUGAAUAACAAUCUUAUCGGUUCACUAGAAUUUAAAGGUGCUCUGAAUCCCCGGUGUAGUCCAGUGUUGGAAAAGCUCACGUUAGGCAGCAACAAGAUCAAAGUCGUAAACAUGACUGUGUUUGCAAGCAUGCGGGCACUGGAGACAAUCGAUCUGGAAGACAACUUAAUCGAAACCGUUGUUGGACAGUUUAACAACAGAAACAUCAAAACAGUGAUCCUGUCCAGGAACAAUCUGCUAACGAUCGAACUGUGCGGAUGGAGCACGUUGGUGCAGAUAGUGUCGUUUUCAUUCCACAGCAACAAUUUGCAGCAAAUUCCGAAAUGUUUGGGACGGUGGCCAAAGGUAAAAUUUCUUAACUUCAAUCAAAACAAGCUGACCCGGGUUGCGAUGGAAGCGUUUGCGAUGCUAAAGGAGCUAGAGCAGUUGUUUUUCAGUAAUAACGCUAUUGCAACGGUUACCUGCAACAAUCGGCAGUCAGUGCCGCCCAGUCUGAAGGAAAUUUAUCUCAAACAUAAUCCACUGCAAUUCAUGAAUUUGACGAACGUAUCACUAGCGUCCGUAAAAGUUUACACAUAG